AUGAUCUACAAGAUGGACAAUUCAACUGGAAGAUUGUCUUUGUACCAGACCCUUCAGGCAAGAGGAGCGUAUGGCCUCGAGUACUUUUCUAUUGACAACAAACAUUUCCUUGCUGUCGCUAAUCAUUGCGAUGGAACAUACCGGCUGGAUUCUAAAGUCUAUCAAUGGAAUGGAAGGCUGUUUGUCGACUUUCAGAAAUUGUCAACAAACGGAGCAAGCCACUUCACGUACUUCAAGAUACAUGGAAAAAAUUAUCUCGCAGUAGCAAACUACCAUGACGGAAGUACCCACUCUACAAAGUCAGUUAUCUACGAAUGGAGCGGCGGCAAGUUUAACAAAUUUCAGGACAUACCAACUGAAGGUGCCUUGGGAUGUACGGCGUUUGUGAUAAACGGUGACACAUUCAUCGCUUUUGGAAACCAUUACAACUCCCAACACAAGUAUUCUGUUCAGUCCACUGUGUUCAAGUGGUCAGGAGGUCACUUUGUUAAACUGCAGUCUCUUCAGACUUACGGAGCGCGCGGUGUUAAGUCUUUCAACAUCAACGGUCACACGUUCCUCGCUUUUGCUAACCAAUAUUCUGGAAGUAAACACAACACCAAUUCGUUCAUUUACAAGUGGAAUGGUAACAAGUUUGUCCUGUUCCAGUCCAUUCCUACUCGAGGAGCCAUCGCAUGGUGUCCAUUUGUGAUCAACGGUCAAACCUACCUUGGUGUGGCUAAUCACCAUGGUGACAGUCAGAAACACAACACUCAGUCAGUUGUGUACCAGGCCUCUGGAGCAAGGUUCAUCAAGUACCAAGAGAUUCCCACACAUGGAGGGCAUGGUAUGACGUCAUUUGAGUACAAAGGUCAUACUUACCUUGCAGUGGUAAACCAUUACAACCAGAAAUACAACAUAAACAGCGCCCUGUACAAGUGGGUAUAG